UUAAUUAACUUGAUUACCUCAGGCAGGGUGAAGCGUGAAAUAUGACCCGAGCUGCCCCGCCAUUUUGGAUCAAGAUGAACUCCUUAAUGUGGCAUUCGCUUUUUGUUACUUUAAUCGCUUCUCGGACCACGACUGCGAACGAGUCCUCGCUGGAGAUGAAGGCCGGCUCGUGUGAUAUCUCGGGCGUCUGGCGCAACGAGCUGGGUUCAACGCUCCGCGUGAAGGCGGAAGGGUCAGAGGUCAGAGGAGUGUAUCAGACCGCGGUGGAGAGCGCGCGCGGCGCCGCCGGUUUACACCGCACUGCACGGAUCAUUGGGGUUGCUGGAAACGGGACUCAACCCGCCGUUUCGUUCUCCGUGCUUUGGGAGAAAGGUUCAUGCUCUGCUUGGCUCGGUCAGUGUUUUAUUUUGCGGGAUGGUUCACAAGUGCUGAAAACGUUCUGGAUGUUGCGCAGCGUAGCCGAGAGCCUGGCAGAUAACUGGGGAAGCACCAGGUUGGGAGAAGAUCUUUUCUUCAAGACUUGAAUUUGAAAUGAACUCGAUGCCAUUUGAAUUCCCAAAAGAUGUUGAUUUUUCGAGGAGGCUGAGCUUUGAGUGUUUAAACCUACCGAGACAUUUAAAAGCUUUUUAUGAAGCCCUCAAGCUUAAUAAAAGACUGAACAAAAAAAGAAA